GACUUCUCCUGGACGGAUCUCCCGAGAGAACUUAGAAGUAUAAUACCAGCCCAGCGGCAAGCCUCGAGGAAGACGCAUCAUAACUUUAAGAUGUCGGCAAGCCUUCGACCAGCUGCGCAGAGGACGUCCUCUCUUCCUCGUCGACGACGAUGCCGUUCCUUAUCCAGUCCCUCGUUUUCUUCACGUUUUCGCUCGUCGCCACGGCCACGGUUUCUCCUCAUAUUGUCCACGAGAAGCGGGAUGUAGCCCCGUCUGGAUGGGCACCCGUACGCCGCGCAGAAGCGAACAUCAUGCUUCCCUUGCGCAUCGGUCUCGCGCAGCCCAAUCUUGAGAGUCUGGACGACUACCUACUCGAAGUGUCGCACCCGGAGUCGCUGAACUAUGGCAAAAACUGGAGCCCCGCGAAGGUUGCAGAGACGUUUAGACCGUCCGCUGCGUCUAUCUAUACCGUGCUGGAGUGGCUGGAGGACGAAGGGCUCGCAGCUAGCCGGGUGAAGCUCAGCCAGGGCGGAAGCUGGGUCCACGCCAAUGUGACUGUCGCGGAGGCCGAAAUUCUGCUAGGUACGGAAUACCAUGUCUACCAGCACAGCGAGAGCGGGAUCGAGCACCUCGCCUGUGUCGACAAGUACCACCUCCCGGAGCAUGUCGCGGAGCAUAUUGACCUGGUCAUGCCGACGCUGCACUUUGACGUGCACAUGAACAGGAAGCGGUCGGUCGACAAGUCCAUCGGCCAGCCGGGCGCGGGCAUCGUCAACCCGAAGCUCAUAGGCGAGAUCGAGGUGGUGUUGACGAACCUGACUGGGUGCAACAAGCAGAUUACGCCCGAUUGCCUCCGCGCGCUGUAUGAUUUCGACUACACGCCUGUUGCGACGGACAAGAAUAGCAUUGGCAUAGUCGAGUAUACGCCCGUAGCGUAUCUGCCUGCGGACAUGGACAUGUUCUUCGGGAAUUAUUCGCCAAGUCAGGUCGGCCAGCGGCCGGCUCUUGUGAGCAUUGAUGGUGGCUACGAGCAAACGAGCUUCCAGGGCUUUAGUAUCAACGGAGAGGCGAAUCUCGAUCUACAGUACGCCAUGGCGCUCGUGGGUGCCACCCAGAAUGUUACCCUGUAUCAAGUUGGCGAUCUCGUCGAAGGUGCAUCAUUCAACAACUUCCUGGAUGCUCUGGACGCAUCAUACUGCACAUAUGAAGGUGGUGAUAACAGCUCGUUCGACGGCAUCUACCCUGACUCUGAAUACAAGAGUGAUGACUGCGGCACGGCCCCUCUCACUAACAUCAUCUCCACCUCGUAUGGAUACACGGAAUCCCUCCUCGGCUCGGCAUACAUCCAGCGCCAGUGCUACGAGUACGGCAAGCUUGGGCUCAUGGGCGUCACCUUCAUCUUCGCCUCGGGCGACAAUGGCGUCGCAGGUAACGGCGAGUGCUUGGACGCGAACGGCGCUGAAUCCUACAGCGGUACGCGGUACAAUCCCGGUUUCCCCGCGACGUGCCCUUACGUGACAAGCGUCGGUGCAACGCAAAUCUCCCCCGGUAACACUGUGAACGACCCGGAGGUAGCGUGCGACACGAAUAUCUACUCCGGCGGUGGGUUCUCGAACGUGUUCGGGCUCCCGGAGUGGCAGGCGGACGCGGUGCACGGCUUCCUGGACAACUACCCGCCUGCGUACGCCGCGGACGUGUACAACUCCUCGGGCAUCUCUCGCGCGUUCCCGGACAUCGCGGUCAAUGGAUUGAACUACUCUGUCGUCUCCAACGGACGCACACAGCUCGUCGCGGGGACCUCCGCCGCGGCGCCUGUAGCAGCCGCCAUCCUCUCCGGGGUGAACGACGCCAGACUCGCUGUCGGGAAGAGCCCUAUUGGGUUCAUCAAUCCCACCAUCUACAGCUCCAACUUCACUGGCGCGUGGAACGACAUCACGUCGGGCAACAACCCCGGCUGUGGUACGGACGGCUUCUCCGCGCAGCCAGGCUGGGACCCCGUCACAGGCCUGGGCACGCCGAACUUCCCCAAACUGCGCGAUCUCUGGCUUUCAAUGCCUUGAGCACACUCACGACGCAUACACCGUCGGCGCCGUCCCCAGCACUACUCACACUACCACUACUUUGGAUGGGCUCACUCAUGCCAUUCGGACUCUAGGAUAUGGGACUUUGAUCGUGAAUCGCCCAUCUGCUUUCGUUCGAUGCGAUGAUGGACUGCUUUCUUUGCUUCUACUAUUCGGAAUUUCGCGCUUUUGCAUACGCACGUCGGAGACCUCUACUUACCUGUACACGCUCCUGUAUGUGUUACGCUCUUUCCUGUAGGUAU